CAUAUUAUACAAAAAAAAAUUAGGAACGAUCGUUAUUUCUUAGUGAUUUUUAUUAUAGAUGAUUAUUAUUGUAAAUAUAAAAUAAUUAAAGAUGCCUGAAUCUUCAGUGUUACCCAAAAAAUUCUCAGAUGGUCCACAUGGCUUAGGAGAUCCGGAUGAUAGAAGCCUUAGAAAAGUCGAAACUGAAGUAGUAAUACCUAAACUUAUUAGGGAAAAAGCCAAAACUGAAAAAUGUAUCCCUGAAGUUGAAGAUUUUUCUAAAUGUUGUAAAGAUUCAUCGGUUUUUAUGGUUAUCAAAUGUAGAAACGAAAACUCGGCAUUGAAAUCGUGUUUGUCGAAGUGGUAUCAUAAUGAAGAAUUUAAAAAAUUAUGUACUGAAGAAUAUUUAAAAGAAAGAAGUGAAUAUAGAAGAACAGGCAUUAAAAAGCCAAUGAAAAGAGCAUAAACUGUAGUAGUGUUAUUUAUGUAUAAGGUAUCAAACAAAUAAAAGUAUGUUUUAGUCAAA